AUGACACAUCCAAACUUUGCUGGUAAACAUAUGUGUCUUUGGGACUAUGGGUUAGCAUGCGAUGGCACCCAAUGGCCUCCAGGAUUCAAUACAUCAGACACUCCUCGGCCCAAGCUGGGAGAUGUUCCCUAUGGAACAAAGAUUUUCAACUGCAAAGUGGAAAACACGCUUGCACUCACGUACGAUGACGGUCCUCGAGAGUGGACAGCGGAUUUGCUGGACAUCUUGAAAGCCAACGGCGUCAAAGCGACAUUCUAUAUCAGAACGAUCAAUCUGUACUGGGAGCUGAUAGCCCACAAGUUUGACGAAAGAUCUGCGCUUAUUAGAAGAAUAUACAACGAAGGACACCAAAUCGCGGGACAUACCUGGGGCCACAAGAACUUGGACAAGAUGACUCCACAGCAACGCAGAGACGAACAGAUAAAAGCGGAGAUUGUCCUCAAUGACAUCUUGGGUUUCUUCCCGACUUACAUGCGCCCGCCGUUCAACAUUUGUGGCCCUCAAUGCCAGGAAGAAAUGGGGGAGCUCGGUUACCAUGUGACUGCAGCCGAUCUCGAUGGACGUGACUGGGAAGGUAAUUAUACCUACACGGAACAGAACUUCAUGGAGAAGAUCAAGGGCAAGAACCGUAACGGGGUCCGGGCCUGGUUAGGCCUGGCGCACGAUACGCACGAAGGAACCGUGCAUAGAUACACACAGUUCAUGAUUGACAACGCACGGGCGCAUGGAUAUAAGCUGCUGUGGCAGCGAGCCAUCAUCCUCACAUAUCAGCAACCAUGUCUCGCACCACCAUACCACGUGCCGCACUACGUCUUAGCUCAAGAAGCCCGUUAUGCACAUCUUCGAGGUCAAUUGAGGCGCCAAGCCGCAGGCUGUAAGCUUCAAUCGCUGCUUUGCGCAAACUUCCCCGCUCACACCACCAGGCCUAUAUUGCGCCCAACACCACAAUGCUCGUCCCACGCCAUUCGGAGCUUCUCCAUAAGCACACAACUACAGAAGAAGGCCGGUAAAGCGAACAAAGCCCAUGCGCGAACCGAUUCUGCACCACCCGUCAGCAACCCGGGCCCAUUGACACCUACCGACGAAGCCUACGAUGUCUCAGGCCUGGAGGCACAGAUCCUCAAGGCUCUGGAGAAGCUUACACACGAUCUCAGUCAGCUGCGCAGUGGAGGAAAGACGAACCCUGAAAUCGUGGAGAACUUGAAAGUGCAAUUGGGCACGGCAGGUAACAAAGAGACCGUGAGACUGGGAGAUAUCGCGCAGGUUGUUCCAAGAGGAAGAAUGUUCAAUGUCAUUUGCGGGGAAGACACGCACGUCAAGCACGUUACCUCCGCCAUCGCCGCCUCACCGCACUCGCUCACACCUCUCACACCCGAACCCUCGAACCCACUCACGAUCCAAGUUCCUCUCCCACCGCCGACAGGAGAAUCGCGUCGCGCAGCCGUCGAGUCGGCCGUUAAGGCUUCUGAGCGAGCAGACAAGCUGAUACAGCAAGGGCGUCAGGAACACAACAAGAAGCUGAGGAAAUUCGAGCUGAAUCGCGAUGUGCUACCGGAUGACCUGCAAAAGGCGAAGAAGAAGAUGGAGGAGGUGGUCAAGAAGGGACACGAGGAGGUUAAGCGCAUCAGCGAUGGCGCGAAGAGGGUGCUUGAGAGUCAGUAA